GGAACAUCAAGCUCCGGCGGGCUGAAAUGGCGAAUGCCCAGAAAGUCUUCACUGUCGAAACCCUAAGGACUGCAGCCAAGCAGUCUCUCCGCUGCCUCGUCGUUCCCGUCCGUCUCCGCCGCUCUAUCAAGAAAUAUCUUCGCGAGGAAGAUGAUCCGCACAUCAGGAAGAGGGUGCGUCAGCUAUCGGAAUCAUUCAAAGAGAUCAAGGACACGAAUCUGCUGUUACCUGAAACCACGGCCAAGAGUCUAGCAGAUUCUAUCAACUCUGUGGAGACUAAGCGAUGGAAGAUACAGACCGUUUAUGGAGAUAGCGGUCUCGAAUACAGAGACGGUGAGACUGCCGCUUACAUUGCUUCUCGCAUGCCCGCCGUCUUCUCCGUCUGUUACAGAGUCCUCAUUGAGAUUCGUCGAAGGUUACCGGAUUUUGCGCCUACGAAAGUGCUGGAUUUUGGUGCUGGCACCGGUUCUGGUUUCUGCAUCUUGUAGGGCGGUUCAAGAGGUUUGGCCAAAGUCUGCGGAGAAGAUAAAUAUAGUGGAACCUUCACCGUCAAUGCAGCGUGCAGGACGUAACUUAAUACAGGGCCUCAAGGAUUUGCCUCUCAUCCAUGGGUAUACUAGCCUGCAAGCUCUUAGUAAAGAGAUUUGCAAAAAAAUCAAGGACAAAAAACUUAAGAACAAAGAGAGGAAACAUGAUCUUGUGAUCGCUUCGUACGUGCUAGGGGAGAUACCUUCUCUAAAAGACAGGAUUACUGUGGUUCGCCAGCUCUGGGACCUUACGGAUGAUCUAUUGGUUUUGAUUGAGCCAGGAACGCCACAUGGUGCUAAUAUUAUAUCUCAGAUGCGGUCCCAUAUACUGUGGAUGGAGAAGAGGAAACUGAGUAAACUGGAAAAGAAAACGAAGGAAGACGAAGCUGGAAAGGACGUGCUCGAUCUCAAAUCUGGUGCGCAUAUUGUUGCUCCAUGCCCUCAUGAUGGAAAGUGCCCGUUGGAAAACACUGGAAAGUAUUGCCAUUUUGUUCAGCGGUUGCAGAGAACUUCGUCCCAGCGUUCCUACAAGCGUACAAAAGGUGUCCCCUUGCGUGGGUUUGAGGAUGAGAAGUUUUCUUUUGUGGCUUUCAGGAGAGGCCAGCGUCCACGGGAGCCAUGGCCUCUUGAUGGUAUGAAGUUGGAGAGUUUGAAGGAGUUGCGCGCGAGUAGGAAACCCGAGGAUCUCGAGAUUGAUUAUGAGGAUUUUAUCAAAUCACAGGUGGUUGAGGUGCCUUACAUUGACCCAAGAGCAGAAGACUCUGAUGUCAUGGACGAGGAUGAGGAUGAGGAUGAAGAAGAAGACGGUGAAGGUGUUGAUGAGGAUGAGGAUGAGGAUGAAGAAGAAGACGGUAAAGGUAUUGAUGAGGAGGAAGAAGAAGACGGUGAAGGUAUCGAUGAGGAUGAAGAAGAAGACGGUGAAGGUAUUAAUGAGGAUAAGGAGGAAGAAGAAGACUGUGAAGGUACUGAAGAAGAAGAGGAGGAAGAGAGUGCGAGGGCAAGCGUGGGAGGCGGGUGGGGAAGGAUCAUAUUCCCUCCAUUCCGCAAAGGGAAACAAGUGACGUUGGAUCUGUGUGUGCCGACAAACGAGGAAGGGUCAGAGGGAGCUUUUGAAAGGAGAGUGAUCACGAAAAGCAAGAACCCUCACCUUCAUCUGCAGGCCAAAAAAUCGUUUUGGGGAGACCUUUGGCCAUUGACCACCCAACAAGACAGUCGCAAAGAGAGAAGAAAAAUAGAUGCUGAGUGGUGUCGUCCAGAUCAAGACCAGAAAUGGGGUGCCUGGCCUUAGUUUUUUUUUUUUUUUAUCUUAUCCUCUAUUUUAUCAUUCAUUCAUAUAAUAUCAUCAUAAUUUAGUGAAAGAGUGUUUAAAAGAACAUUUCCCCUCAGAGAGAGAUACCAAUUUGAAUCGUAAGUACAAAUAACAAGAUUUUGAUCA